AAUAAAUUGAGUUUUGAUCAUGGACGUAAUCAAGCGUACACGACGCCACGUGGUUGAACUUACACAAGUUGUCGUUUUGUGACAUAAGGAUAUUCCAGUGUAUCUCUCCACCUUGAGGCUUCUUCCAUCGGCAACAAAUGGAUCAACCUUGAUCCUUCCUUUGGCGACCUUCUUACUUCGAAAUCAUUCAUUCUUCUCUUCUGUUCCAGAAAUUCACAGCGAGUAAGCAAGCAUCAUGGCUUCGCUUGCGGCUCAAAUGAUUCUUCCCUCCGAAAAUGGGUAUAGAGUUUGGGAGGAUCAGACUCUUUUCAAGUGGCGCAAGAGAGACCCUCAUGUCACCUUGCGCUGCCAUGAUUCCGUCGAAGGGUCUUUGAGGUACUGGUAUCAGCGAAAUAACGUGGAUCUCACUGUGUCAAAAUCUGCUGUUUGGAACGAUGAUGCUGUUCAAGCUGCCCUUGAUAGUGCGGCCUUUUGGGUUGACGGUUUGCCGUUUGUCAAGUCUUUAUCUGGUUACUGGAAGUUUUUCUUGGCUCCUAGUCCUGCAAAUGUUCCGGAGAGAUUCUAUGAUGCUGCGUUUCCCGAUUCAGAUUGGAAAGCUUUGCCCGUUCCUUCCAAUUGGCAGUGUCAUGGCUUUGAUCGGCCUAUCUAUACGAAUAUUGUGUACCCUUUCCCGAAUGAUCCUCCUCAUGUUCCUGAAGAUAAUCCUACUGGUUGCUACAGAACUUACUUUCAGGUUCCCACAGAAUGGAACGACAGAAGAAUUCUUCUUCACUUCGAAGCUGUAGACUCCGCAUUCUUUGCUUGGAUAAAUGGCCACCCUGUUGGGUACAGUCAAGACAGCAGAUUGCCAGCUGAAUUUGAAAUAUCUGACUAUUGCUAUCCAUGGGACUCGGGGAAACAAAAUGUUCUUGCCGUCCAAGUCUUUAGAUGGAGUGAUGGUUCAUACCUUGAAGACCAAGAUCAUUGGUGGUUGUCUGGUCUUCAUCGAGAUGUGCUUCUGCUAGCAAAGCCCAAGGUCUUCAUUGCUGACUACUUUUUUAAGUCCAAAUUGGCAGAUGACUUUUCAUACGCAGACAUCCAGGUUGAAGUAAAGAUAGACAAUAUGCUGGAGUCCUCAAAGAAUCUUCUUCUGUCUAACUUCAUCAUAGAGGCUGCCGUAUAUGAUACUAAAAGUUGGUACAACUCUGGAGGAUUCAGUUAUGAACUUUCUCCCAAGGUGGCUAGUUUAAAACUUAAUCUUUCUCCAAGUCCAAUUCUUGGAUUCCAUGGUUAUUUGCUUGAGGGAAAACUGGAUUCUCCAAAUCUCUGGUCAGCAGAACAACCAAAUGUUUACAUACUCGUUAUAACCCUGAAAGAUAAAUCCGGGAAACUCCUUGAUUCUGAGUCAAGCAUUGUUGGUGUUCGCCAAGUAUCAAAGGCCUUUAAACAGCUUCUUGUAAAUGGGCACCCAGUCACGAUAAAAGGUGUAAACAGGCAUGAGCACCAUCCACGUGUUGGGAAGACGAAUAUAGAGUCCUGCAUGGUCAAGGAUUUAAUCAUGAUGAAAGAAUAUAAUAUCAAUGCUGUGCGAAACAGUCAUUAUCCUCAACAUCCCCGCUGGUAUGAAUUAUGUGAUUUGUUCGGCAUGUACAUGAUCGAUGAAGCCAAUAUCGAGACACAUGGUUUUGACCUCUCUGGGCAUCUGAAGCACCCUGCAAAAGAGCCGAGUUGGGCAGCUGCUAUGUUGGAUCGUGUAGUUGGGAUGGUUGAGAGAGACAAAAACCAUGCGUGUAUAAUUUCUUGGUCCCUAGGAAACGAGGCCGGCUAUGGGCCUAACCAUUCUGCCAUGGCAGGUUGGAUUAGGGAAAAGGACCCAUCGCGGUUGGUGCACUACGAAGGUGGUGGUUCCAGAACAGAUUCUACUGAUAUAGUCUGCCCUAUGUACAUGCGGGUUUGGGACAUCGUCAAGAUUGCACUUGAUAAAAAUGAACCACGUCCGUUGAUAUUAUGCGAGUAUUCACAUGCUAUGGGUAACAGCAAUGGGAAUAUAGACGAGUACUGGGAGGCAAUUGACAAUACCUUUGGCCUGCAAGGAGGUUUCAUAUGGGACUGGGUUGACCAGGGGCUAUUGAAGCUGGGGUCAGAUGGCAUUAAGCGUUGGGCUUAUGGAGGGGACUUUGGUGACCAGCCUAAUGAUUUGAACUUCUGUCUGAAUGGGCUUAUGUGGCCUGACCGAACGCCUCAUCCAGCACUCCAUGAGGUUAAGCACUGUUAUCAGCCAAUCAAGAUUUCAUUGACGGAUGGCACAAUGAGGGUAGUAAAUGCUUACUUUUUCCAUACAACAGAAGGAUUGGAGUUUAGCUGGACAAUUAAUGGAGAUGGUGUUGAACUUGGAUCUGGGAUUCUCUCUAUUCCUCUGAUAAAGCCACAGAAUAGUUUUGAUAUGGAGUGGAAGUCAGGUCCAUGGUUUUCUUUCUGGAAUGACUCAAAUGCUGGAGAAUUGUUUCUGACAAUAACUGCCAAGCUUUUAAAUCCCACUCGUUCGCUUGAAGCUGGUCAUAUAUUGUCUUCAACGCAGAUUCCUUUACCAGCAAAGAGACAGAUAAUACCGCAGGCGAUAAAAAAGACAGACUCUACUAUCACUUGUGAAACUGUUGGAGAUUUCAUUAAGAUCAGUCAGCAAGAUUCAUGGGAACUAAUGAUAAAUGUCCGCAAAGGAGCCAUUGAAGGCUGGAAGGUGCAAGGAGUUCUCCUUAUGGAUGAAGCUAUACUGCCAUGCUUUUGGCGAGCACCUACAGACAAUGAUAAAGGUGGAGAGGACUCAAGUUACUUUUCGAGGUGGAAAGCAGCUCAUAUGGAUAAUGUUGAGUUCCUUGUUGAAAGCUGUUCAGUAAAGAGCAUCACUGAUAAAUCCGUAGAGAUAGAGUUCAUCUACCUUGGUUCUUCAGCUUCUGACUCUUCGAAAUCAGACGCCUUAUUCAAAGUCAAUGUGACAUAUACGAUAUACGGCUCUGGAGAUAUCAUCACCAAUUGGUAUGUAGUACCAAAGCCUGAUCUUCCACCGCUACCACGCGUAGGCAUAGAAUUUCACAUCGAGAAGACGUUGGACCGUGUAGAAUGGUAUGGAAGAGGUCCGUUUGAGUGUUACCCAGACCGAAAAUCAGCAGCCCAUGUGGGGAUAUAUGAACACGGUGUUGGAGACAUGCAUGUCCCUUAUAUUGUCCCAGGAGAAUGCGGAGGGAGAACAGAUGUUAGGUGGGUGACAUUCCGAAACAAGGAUGGUGUAGGAAUCUAUGCAUCAACAUAUGGUGGCUCUUCCCCAAUGCAGAUCAAUGCUAGUUACUAUACAACCGGUGAGCUUCAUCGUGCAACGCAUGAAGAGGAUCUUAUCAAAGGACAAAACAUCGAGGUGCAUCUCGACCAUAAACACAUGGGGAUUGGGGGAGACGAUAGCUGGACUCCGUGUGUUCACGACAAGUAUCGGUUUCCACCCGAACCAUAUUCAUUCUCUCUCAGGUUGUCUCCAGUUACUGCAGCCACUUCGGUCUUGGACAUGUACAAGGAUCAACUUCCCUCUUAGAAUCUCUUCUUGCAUAUCAGCUGAAUUAUCUACUACACUAGCAAUGUUUGAUUGCUCAAGUGAAACCUAUUAAACAUAAAACCUUCCGCUUCCAUGAUUUUUCUGUGAUAUCUUUGUUUGUUCUCAACACUAUCUUCUAUUGUUAAUAACCAUACAACACAGAGAUACACUAAUAAAUCAUUUGAUCCCAAAUAUAAUUGGUUAUUCUUGAAAUACCCUCUCUUACAUUUAAAUUAAACCUCUUAACGAAUGCAUCUCUAAC